CACGUGACCUCACGCGAGGUAACGAGUUUCAUACUUUCCAAUCUCUCUCUCUCUCUCUCUCUAUCGACUGAUCAUCGACGAUGUGCUCCCGCGGCGACUCCGACUAGUGCAAGGACGCCGGAAACCUCCACUCACAACUUCCGAAGCCACCGGCACUACUCUCGAAAGGCCUAUAUCAACUCUUAUUUACGUUUUCUUCUUCGCUGAAAAGCCCUUCGAAAUCGAGAUGGUUAAAAAGCAAGUCCCCGAUUGGCUCAACAGCUCCCUCUGGUCCUCGCCAGCUUCUCCGCCGCCUAUCGAGUCGCCGCCGCAGCAGCGGCAACAACAACAGCCAUCAACUCCUCCGCGGUCUACACUCCGAGGUGAGGAUGCUGCCAAUCGCCCCUCCCGUUCCUCCCCCAAAUCCACGAAUUAUAGCUCUGAAUCUGCAGUCGAGCGUCCGGCGAUCGCUGUGCCUCCGCCGGCAAUUAGAACCGAGGCGCGGCGUACGAAAGCAGAAAUUAGGGAUCCGUUAAGCAGUAAUAAUAAUAAUUAUAAUUAUAAUAGUGAUGAAGACAAUGUGAGCUCCACAGGUAGCUCUACAACAUCCCCCUCACUUGCUGCCGGCGGCUCUUCGGCUGAGGAUAUUUCUCGCCAAGCUCAGCUUUGCCAAGAGCUGUCAAGGAAGAUUAUAAAUAUGGGGGAAGUUCGGAAGCUAGCAUCUCAAGGAAUACCAGAUGGAGCUGGCAUUCGUGCCACAGUGUGGAAGCUACUGUUGGGGUAUCUUCCAUGUGACAGAUCAUCGUGGCCAUCAGAGUUGGCUAAGAAAAGGUCCCAGUACAAGCAUUUUAAAGAUGACCUUUUGAUGAAUCCUUCAGAGAUUACAAGAAGGUUGGAGAAAUCUACUAUUGAUGAAUCAAAUGGUAAAGACAAGGGUUUACUCUCAAGGUCAGAAAUCACUCAUGGAGAACAUCCUUUGAGUCUUGGAAAAAAUAGCAUAUGGAAUCAAUUCUUCCAGGACACAGAGAUCAUGGAACAGAUUGACCGCGAUGUCAAGCGUACUCACCCAGAUUUGCACUUUUUCUCAGGGGAUACACCCUUUGCAAAAUCCAACCAGGAAGCUCUGAAGGAUAUACUCAUUGUAUUUGCAAAAUUGAAUCCCGGUAUAAGAUACGUGCAAGGGAUGAAUGAGCUCUUGGCGCCACUUUACUAUGUGUUCAAAAAUGAUCCCAAUGAGGAAAAUGCAGCUGCUGCAGAAGCAGACACAUUCUUCUGCUUCGUGGAACUGCUAAGUGGAUUUCGGGAUCAUUUCUGCCAGCAACUUGACAACAGUGUUGUUGGAAUCAGGUCUACAAUUACUAAAUUGUCACAGCUUCUGAAAGAGCAUGAUGAAGAACUAUGGCGUCAUCUAGAUGUGACAACCAAAGUGAAUCCACAAUUUUAUGCAUUCAGAUGGAUAACUCUUCUUCUUACACAAGAAUUCAAUUUCGCAGACAGUCUUCUUAUUUGGGACACACUCCUCAGUGACCCUGAAGGCCCUCAGGAAACCCUGCUCCGAGUCUGCUGUGCAAUGCUGAUCAUCAUUCGGAGGCGUUUACUCGCUGGUGAUUUCACCUCUAAUUUGAAACUUCUCCAAAACUAUCCGUCCACAAAUAUCAGCCACUUGCUAUAUGUCGCCAACAAAUUACGCACAAAGUCAGCUGGCUAAAUUUUCAUCCAGAAAUUCUGUGUUAUUCGCCCUUGGUAUUUGCUUGAGAAAAACAAAACAAAACAAAAAAAAAUCUUUAAAACAAAACAAAAAAAAAUCUAUAUUUUGUAACAAGAUUUAGGAUGUAAAUGUCAGUCCAGAGUUUUAGGAACCUUUUUCCUCUAUAUUUUUGUUUUGUUUUUUCUGUUCCCCAGCUGCUUGACCCAUAGCCUUAUGUUUGGACUGUUUUCUAUCAGCAAUUUGUAUUCUUUUCAUCUUUAGUUUCCAGAGUAGAGAUAACAUAAAUUGCUAUUUCCAGUUUAGUUUAAUGUACGUUACAAAUACAGACCAUUAUAAUUGUAUUACGCAUAUUUGCCUCUUUGUAUGAAUCAACGUGUUUGUAACA